UCUUUAAUCCGCCCCGAACCCCAAUAAUCGAUCCGCUCAUCAAUAAUACCGUCAUCAAGAGUAUUAACCGGGCGCCUACUCUGUGCAGAGCGCUAAGCGCUUUGGGAGAGCACCGUACGACCGUCCAAUGUGUAGCCCAAGAUGGCGGAGGGGAGCAGGGGGCGUGAAGCAUGGGCCUCCUCACGGCCUUGACCCGCGGCCUGGUCCGGGGAGCCGACCGGACCGCCCCUUGGACCAGCAAGAGGGGGCCCCGCAACUUCUACAAAAGUCGGGGGGCCAAGGGCACCGGCUACUUGACCCGCGGCUGGAAGUUCGUCGUCGUGAAGGAGAUGGUGCCCGAGUUCGUGGUGCCGGACCUGACGGGCUUCCCGCUCAAGCCCUACGUUUCCUACCGGGCCCCCGCCGGGACGGACCCCCCACUGACCGCCAAGCAGCUCUUCGCCGAGGCCGUCGCUCCGGCGAUCGAGAGGGACUUUAAAGAAGGGAAGUUCGACCCGGGAAACCUGGAGAAGUACGGUUUCGAACCCACGCAGGAAGGCAAGCUGUUUCAGCUGUACCCCAAGAACUACGUUCAGUAGGGAGGCGGGGAAUCAGCCCCACGGCCGGACUCCCUCGCCUUUGCUCUGGAAGGAAAGGGGGGCGUUUAAAAGGGAGGGCUCCGGGACUCGCGGUGUCUAUUAAAAGCCAACCCUGAUGUCA